AAUAAUGUCGCUUCACGUCAAGGUUCGUUCACACAAAAACACAUUUCCUGUUUAUAUAUUCUGUCAAAAGUAAUCGUGUUUUCGCUCAAACCGCGUAUAUUUUAAGGAACUUCUGCACAUUCAACGUACGGGUUAUUUAACUCUCAAUCUUAAUCAGAUUGUGAAUUUCGCCAGAGUGCUAUCAAGCUAACUAACUCGACAUUGCAUGUACAAGCCGACAGCUUAUUUAACCUCAUCAAAUGACGAAUUACCAUCGGAGUAAGACGUCUAGGAACAGUUAGCUUUUAAUGAGAAUCAAAUCUGCUCUAAAUCACAAAUAUUGUUCACUUCGUUCGAGUAGAGAUCAGCUGACAGUGACCUCUCUGCUGGCAUGUCACGAGUCCUCCACCUCCUGUAUGUAGAUCGAUCGACGUGAGAAGGUCACUUUAGUCAGCAAGUAAUCAUAAACAGCUGUAAUAUAUGUCUCACCGGCCCUCUGGCCUGGUUAUCUGCGAGUGAAGACGCAAAUGUCUUUGUCUGCCCUGCGAAUGAUCCGCUGCCUGAGUCUGAGCACCUCUGGACCUGCUGUGAAGAGAGCAUUGCUAUGGAAAGACCUCAGGAAAAUAGCAAAAGUAACAGGAGCAAUAGUAUUGGGAGGCUGUGUUUUCAUCACGUAUGAAGUGGUUACUCUGAACCAGGUCAUCACUAUCGACACCAGUGCCAUUCUAAAAGAGAAACACAAGUCCUACAUCUACCUGACUCAUGCCACUAAUAGAGAACAAGAGAGUCUUGCUUCUGGCCUCACAACCAAAACUAGGAAGGAGCUUCAUAAAGCAGCUAGAAAAUUUCUUGAAAUUACUUCAAGAUUUCUGCUUCACCCACUGGACGAGCAUCUCAGUCAGCUGGAUGCAGAUCCUCAUGAAUGUGCACUAUGGGUCCUGUUGAAGAGAACCUUUUCUGCCGACCAGAUCGUGAGACAGCAGGCGGUGCAGGACCUGGCCCAGAACCACCACUGGCAGGAUUAUCAGUACCAGACAGCAGCACAGGUGGUAGAUCAGCGCACAUCUGUGGGUCUCGCCCGCUUCCCUAAUGUGGACCUGCGCUUCUUUCUCCCUCCUCCUCCACUGCCGCACACAGAGGAUGCUAUAUCAAUAGAAGAUGGCCUUAGGCAGUUGCUUGCUUCCAUGCCCCAGUCGGAGGUGGAUCAGUGUGUGCAGUACUUUACCUCCCUGGCACUUCGAGAGAGCAGCCAAUCACUAGCUUCUCAAAGGGGAGGGCUGUGGUGUUUCGGAGGAAAUGGGUUGCCCUACGCCCAAAGCCUCACUUCCACCCCUUCAGAGAAGGUGGAGAUUUUCUGUCUGCAAGCACUGGUGCAGCACUCUAAGGUCCCCAGUCAUUGUGGCCACAUUGUUGCUAAUGGAGGAUUGCAGCUUUUGCAAAGAGUCUACCAGCUUCGCCAGGACUCUCCGAAGAUUCAGCGCAACAUUGUGCGAAUUAUUGGAAACCUUGCCUUGAAUGAGAGCGUGCACACAGCCAUACUUCAGUCAGGUUGGGUGUCUGUCCUGGCACAGAUGACCCAGUCACCACACAUUAUGCAGGCGUCUCAUGCAGUCCGUGCCUUAGCAAAUCUGGACAGAGAUGCAGUAAGGGAGAAGUACCAUGAUGGUGUUUACAUCUUACACCCACAAUGCCGCACAAACCAGCCAGUCAAAGCUGAUGUUCUCUUCGUACAUGGCCUCUUGGGUGCAGCUUUUAAGACGUGGCGUCAAAAAGACUGUGAUAUUAUGGAUGAAGACAAUGUGGAAGGGAUCCGAGAGGACUACACUGAAUGCUGGCCCAAGUCAUGGUUGGCUGCAGACUGUCCAAACCUUCGAAUCCUCUCUGUUGAGUAUGACACCCAUUUAAGUGAUUGGAAAGCCAAGUGUCCUGCUGAAAACCAAAGGAAGUCCUUAGCAUACAGGAGUCAAGAACUGCUGAGGAAAUUGAAGGAUGCAGGUGUAGGUGACAGGCCUGUGGUCUGGGUAGCCCAUAGUAUGGGAGGUUUACUUGUUAAAAAGAUGCUUUUAGAUGCCUCAAAAGAUCCUGACCUCAGUGCACUGAUUAAAAACACAAAGGGAAUUCUGUUCUACAGUGUUCCCCACCAUGGCACAUUCAUGGCAGAGUAUUCUGUAAAUGUCCGAUACCUUCUGUUUCCUUCCAUAGAAGUGAGGGAACUAUGUAGAGACUCUCCAGCGUUGCGAGACUUACAUGAAAAUUUUCUCAACAUUGCAAAAGAACGAGAGUUCAAAGUCCUCAGCUUUGCAGAAACACUGCCUACUUCCAUUGGUCCAAUGCUUAAAAUAUUGGUAGUUCCAUCUGAAUCGGCUGAGCUGGGAAUUGGGGACCUCAUCCAGGUGAAUGUAGAUCACCUUAACAUCUGCAAACCAGAAAAAAAGGACUCCUUUCUUUAUAAACGUAGUUUCCAAUUUAUUCAGGAUGCUCUUGGGGGGCCGAGAAUUCAGUGAACUUCUAAGUCAACGAUUUACAAUCUUAAAGUGAUCUCUUGCCAUAAUUAUACUUUGCCUCUGAAGAAUUCAACCACUUACAUUUUAUAAGAUAAUGUUAUUUAUGACCAAAAUGAAUUUUCAAAACUGCAUAGCUGGAAAAGGAGUAAAUGUUUUAUUUGUACUAUUUUUGUAAAAUCUAUGACACUUAAAUCUGCAUAGAUCUGCAUAGGUCUAUCUGGCUGUAAAAUGGAAACUCCACUGACUUUUCACUUUUAUUAUUUUUCCUGAUUUUUAAUUCUUGCCAUAAUGAAGAUGCUCUGUUUGAAUCCCUUGGAUUAACUUUUAAUAUAUUAAUGUGGAAUCUAAAGCAAGAUAAUGUACUGUAUUCAGUAUUUCAGUCAUUCUGUGUUAGCACUUUUUCAGCAUUUCAUUUUAACUGGACUAUACAUGCUGUAACACAAAAAUAAAUUAGUAAGAAGUUUAUUAUGUUAACUCAAAGCACAGUUCAGGAGUCAAUUUGUUUAUAUUAUUUAUUUUUCUUGGAACAAAAAGAGAUACUUAUAGUUUUUCUUUUUGUUAUAACAGACAAAAUCAGAAUUGCCUUAUUUUCUUAACUCACCAGCCUUCUUUGUAUCCUUACCUCAAAUGCAAAAGUUGGUACUGAUGUUGGCUGUAAUUUGUCGAUAUUUUUGUACUAAUGUAUUAACUGUUGUACUUGCAUUGAACCAUGCUUCUUUGCCAUUGAUUUUGGUGUUGAGUGUUUGCAAGACACAAAUAUUGUCAAAUCUUCAGUACAUUAAAUAAAGCUGUGCAUCCUAACUUCA